AUGCGAGGCGAACGUCCCGCCGUGCCAAUCUACUCACUAUGCAUUCCUCUCAGCCAGCACGCCACACAUUCCCGCCCGCCACACCAGCCUCCGCGAACCGCGCACCUGUCAACGGUUUUUGGCAUUCGUAAAAAUGCUGAUAUACGAUGUAGUUCCGCUGCCAGCAGGCACACUACCUCACCUGAUGCUUUUAGGCAGCAGAGUGCACACGCACGCCGACCCAACAUGCGCUUACUCUUCACACACCCAUCCGAGCCAGCCGCACUAGCCCUUGGAAGACUUCUCGCUGCCGAAGGGCAUGCCAUACAUGCUGUGGAAGACGAAUAUAUUUGGGGCACUGCUCCAGCUCGGUAUUGCAGGUCUUAUACGCGCUUCCAUCGUCUCAACCCGACCACAAGCCUGACUGACCUCUGGAAAACUCUGAAACACCACAUCGACGUCAUCAUACUGUUCGGGAGCAUCUCACGAUAUGAUAGGCAGAUUCUGGGAGCGGAAGGAACAAGGAUCAUCGGCGACGAUUUAUUUAAUAAUGAACACGAAUUCCAAAGUUUUUUGCGGAUCAAAGUUAUCGGCGCCCUCGAGCGAACCACCAACGCGGUCAAGGUACCGUCCGUUUUCGAGAUACAUUCACGCGCAUGCAUUGCCGAGAUUCUGGGUCACUACCCUUCGACUGCAUUUAGGCUCUAUCGCGCGCCAAAUCAGAUACGUGACGAGGAGGAGGGGGACGAUGAAGACGCUAAGACUCUCGUGGACGUCGAAACGCACUCUGCUAGCAUAUCAUUCGAACUGUGCAGCAACGGCGAGCCCCUCGUUUUUUCAUAUGAUACUUUAGACGACGAUGUGGUUAAAGAGAUCAAAUGUCUCCCAAUAUCCGAAGAGUGUCCCUACCGGCUUGUAGAGGCUGUGGAGGGCGGAACUCUAUAUUUUUCUCAUGUACUAGUCAUUGAUGGCGAGGUACGCACCUUUACAGUGACCACAGGCCUAGCGAACCGCCCCGAAAUCAUUUCAAUAUCCUCGUCACAGCUUAUAUUCCGCGCGCUUUUCCGAUUUACGUUGGAUACUAUCGAUGCGCUAGUGCGCUGGCGAAGAGACGAUGCGACAAUCGAAGAAACAGCUUUUAAACAUAAAUUUGGUUUUUCGACACAUUUGAGCAUAUCUUUCCGAGUCAAAGACGAAAUACGGCCUGAUGGCCACCUCGUCCGUAAGAUCACAGCUGUUAGCUGUUCUACUAAACCACACACAAGCCUUAUACUACCGUGCAAUGCAGCCUCGCUGCGGCAUCGCCUUGCUCACAUUUACAUCCACCCGAGCGGAUACAACGAUAGCACGAAAAUACUCAUGUUACCGACUUCGAACACCUUAUUGGGAAUUUACUCCUUUCACUCCACAUUCCGCAUUCUCCGCCAGAUCAUAGUGUCUUUCCAACCCAGUAGGUUUAUCUACUGGACUCGACUUGCACGUUGGAUAUUGCUGAUUUUGGUCUGGGCAUUGUGCUUCCAAGAAGAGAUAUGGAGCUGGUCAGACCCGGGCCCCGCGAUGUGCUUGUGGCUUAAAACUGGGUUGGGAUGGCUUGGAUUGCAUCGCAAUUCUACCAACAUGCCUGUAAGCAAUCCUGAUCGUCGUCGACGCACGGCAUCCUCGCGAGGCAAUCUCGCGAGAAACACAACUCCACAAAAUGGUGUCAGUGCCAGUAGGCAUGCACAAAUCCAGCGCAACUACGAAGAGGAGCAGGACGACCUUGGCAUAUCGUCUUUCGGGUCUUUCAAUAUAGGCCACGAGUACACCCUAGGGAGAUCAGACUCUACCAAAAGUGCGCCUGGGAGACUUUGCACGACUCCAGUUGAGCGGAGCGAGCCAUCACGUGGUGGAAACGCCAUCAAUCGUGAUCAAGAAAUUGCCGUUAUCAGAGUUCUCGUAUCUCCUCUGAACUCUCAUCGCAUCUCUUUCUCCUCUGAUCAAUAUAUCCAUUCACCUCCACGAUCCAGCAGUCCAGAUUCCGCAUCUUCGCCUGCCAGCGGCGAUGAAGAGGAUUCUCCCACUGGCCAUCAGGACUCAAUGACCGGAUAUCCAGAUCUCGCACGUAACGGGAGUAUCCGGAGAUCCAACGGCCGCCGCGAACAGAUGGAUCUUGCCACAAUUUCCUCACCCGAUGAAGAUGUAACCCGCGAGACGACUCCCGCGGCGAAGGUUCUGGAUGAGGAGACGGUCCCACUUGAUGAAUCACCGCAAGACGCAGUUAUGGGAAGUCCCGUUGUGAGAGAUCUGUGCCCUGAUAUGUAUCAUGGGCUUUUGGAGCAAAGAGGUCCUCUUCGAAUAACUAACGUGGGUUCUUGUGAUUUGUCUUCAUCAAGCGAAGAUGAAGAAAGCGAAGGCGAAGACGAGGAUAAUGACGCCGAUGAUAGUAAUGAUAGCGAUGAUGAUAGUCUCUCGGGAAUUACCCUAGUUAACGAUGAUGAGGAUUUGGGGGACGAUGAGACCGUGGAUGUGGCUUCAAAUCGCGAGGCCAGUACUCCGAUUGUAGGGGAAGAAGGGGUUGAAGCUGAGGAGUCGCCCUACGCCCGACCACUUUCCACUCUAGCGUUGUUUGCAAUUGGAAGGGUGUUGAUAGGGACCUUGCAUGCAGGGACCAUAGUGGUUUGGAGGAUUCUUCUCACUGCGACUUAUAUUUUGAGGUGCGUGCGGCUCAUGGUCGAGUCUCGGCAGUAUUUGCUACUUUGUUUAUAUCUGCAAGGCAUUAUUCUAACUUUACUUGAUGAGUUCUGA